UCGAUGGCGCGCAGCGGAGCUUGCUGAGCCGUUUGCUUGGCCUGGACUGGCCUGGACUGGAGGGAGACCACACCGCGAGUGCCCGGGAGCGCAGCCGUCAGUGACGCGGACGACGACGACGACGACCACGACGCCGGUGUCGUUACCGUUCUCGACGUUUGCAGCGUCCGCUGAAAUAGUCGCGUCAGUGUGUGUUUGUGUGUGUGCGCGCGUGCGUGCGUGUGUAUGUGUGGGCGUGCGCUUGCGCGUGAGUGCGUCCGCCCGCUUGUGCGUUGCACGCCUUGCAGGUGCCGGUGCCCCCGCCGCGGGGACCCGCUCGGCAUGGUGAGGACGAGGUUGUGCUAGGUUAGGACGCCCGCCCCCGCGAGUGCCGCGCCCGCGCCCGGCUCGCGCCCGGACCCGUGACCAUGGCGGUGGUCAACUACAGCCUGCCCUACAACGCCCUGCCCCCGGCCGUGCCGCACGUCUUCUACCCGCCGACGGCUGCGGCGCACCCCGGCGCGCUCGACGGAGGGGUGGCCACGGCCGCCGCCGUCAACAACUUCCUCUACACCAACGACCCGUACCACGCGCAGCGGCGUCAGCAGCAACAGCAGCAGCAGGUGGCACACCAGCAGCACCAGCAGCACCAGCCCCACCAGCAGUACGGCCCGCCCACGUCCUCGCCCAGCCGGCGCGCUGCCGCGCCCCGGGACACCAGGGAUCCGUACCGCGGCUACGCGCCGCAGCAGCUGCCGCAGCCGCAGCAGCAGCCGGUGCGCUACUAUGAGCAGCCGCAAGCCCAGCAGCAGCAGCAACAGCCCGCGCGACAGCGUACUGCAGCUGCGGCUGCAGCAGGGACCCCAGCUAGCGCCGGGGCCACGAGGUACACCCGGAUCGACACCGGUGCGGCCAGGUCAUCGCCGAGCGCCAAGACCACGCUGCACGCCGUCAUCGACUACGAUGACGACUUCGACGAGUACUAUGACGACGAGGAGGUCCCUUCCUACCAGCCCGGCGCAGGACCCCAGCCUGGGGCGCGGGUCGGCACCAGGAGACACCCCCAGGCGACGCCGGUCCCCGCCGCCCCCCGUGCCGGGGCCACGGCCGUCCCACCCCAGCACCGUGGCCUUCCCCGGCAACAGCAGCAGCAGCAGGUCACGCCUAUCCAGGGGCCCAUCUACGCCAAGAACGGCAGUGUUCCGGUGGUCCCUCUGUUUUCCUACCCGGUCCUUAACAACGGCUCCUACGUUCAAAUACCGAUCCUCUGGACGGCUCUGUCGCUAGCUCUGGGCCUGGAGAUUCGCGGGGAGGUAAUCAGAGGCGUCCCCUGCAUCAAACGCUUUCACCAGCUAUUCUGUCCCACCGCCGGAAACAGUUACCCCAUUGAUAGAAUAGAGCGUUUCAUCGACGACAACAAGUCCCUGAUGCGGCGAAUGUACGGCGAGUUCCAAAUGACGACCGAGUACGGUCCGCCUGCGCGAGAGGUGUUUGAGACACCAGCCUCGACGACAGCCACCGGCCCCCCUGGAGGCGUUCCCGGAGCGGUGCCCGGGGCCGUGCCCGGGGCCGUGCCUGGAGCCGUGCCCGGGGCGGCCCCGGCGAGGCGGCGCUCGCUCGUCAAGCGCGAGGCCGGCAACGACACCGUGGUGGACGCCGAGCCGCCGCCGCUGCCUCCCCCGGACCCCGUCGAAGACACCGUGCGAUCUGCGGGGGACUCGUUCGUCAACAAAAUCCGCUCCACGAGGCAGUCGUUCAGAAACAACCAGUCGCAGAGUGAGACCGGCAGGUUGGACGCCUGCGAGAGCAAGGUGGAGAUCGUGACGCCCUACUGGGCGUCAAACUCUGCGGGCAAAAUCCGUGCCAUAGUGAACACCCAGCACUUCGAGCAGGCCAUACACCAGGAAGUCUGCGCGAAACCGCAGACGAAGCGGUGCACCGGUGACUGCGGCUGCGAGCAGAAGUACAAGUGGCACCGCCUGCUCGCCUACGACCCGGACAACGACUGCAAGGGGAUCUUCAUGGACUGGUUCCUCUUCCCGUCGUGCUGCGUGUGCCGCUGCAACCCGUAGCGGCCGCGCCGCGAGACGAGGUGGCCUCCUCGACGGCGUGCGACCGUCUGGACGGAGCGGCUCUCCCGGCGGCUCCCCCCGCGUGCACGUGCAGCCACCGGCCGCAAUCUUGUUGUAUUUGGACAUUGAUGAUGAUGUUGCGGCUGUCGUGGAAGCUGCCGUGAAGCGCGAGUGAAACUGAACACGUUCGGGGCGGCGAGGACACCAUGGUCUGUUCGCCCGUGGUGAUGUGCGCUGUGUCCCGAAGACGAGCGAGGACUGCUGUGUGUGCGCGUAGAGUAGAAGCGCGCUCUGGCACGGCUUUGGUUGUUUUGUUUUUUUAAAGUUACCCUUUCGUGAGAGUACCUGCAGGGAGAGAAGGUAAAAUUCCAAAUGGAACCAAUGCGAUCGGAGCCUGUGCACUAUGAAAGGCUCUCUGAGGAGCAGUGGAGGAGACACUACAUGAUGGAAGGAGUAGUACUUUUAAUGUCAAAACGAAAGAGGAGAGUAGAGAGGAGGAAGUCCACAUUUGUGUCAUAUUACGUUGUAAGUCGAACUAGGAACAUUUCUUUUUAAUCAUUUCUGCAGAAGGGGCCUUAGUCGAGUGCAUGUUGGGCUCUGAAGAGUGGCCUCAGUAAUCAGACUAGACUUCAUGCUUUAUUUAUUGGACAUGCCUAGCUUAUCUGCCUGCAUGCAUAGUACUUUCGUCGGCCUAUCAUCCCGCUCGAAUGUCGUAUUCACUUCAGAGUUUAAGAUUUUGGGGAUACCCGCCGAUCAUAUUGAUUCAUAGUGCACAAAAAACAAGUUAUUUUGUCGAUUUUUGUAAAUGAUUUUCUUUGCGUUGUUUAGAAAUAGUUCUGCCUGUACCUCAAUACCCUCAAUCGCUGUCUUAUAUUUUAUUUCACUAGCCAAUACGUCUUGUCGAGGUCAUAGAAUAUGGACACCCAAUGUCUUCACUAUGGCAAAACAAAUAAAUAACGAUAAUAGUGAAA